UCAUAAAGCAAGUAUUAAGUUUCAGUAACCUUGCGUAAUUAAUAUAAUAGUUUUAUCCUUCCGCAAGAUAACUUCAUUUGAAAAUAAGAUAUCUUGAAAUGUAUGAUUAUUUAGGUAUAAUAUGAGUUAUAGUUUUUCGUAAUUAACUUAAAACGUACGUAAGUACUUAUUACUUCCAUGCUUAAAACAAUAUAUAAAAUAGCUUUGUAAAUGCUGUCCCUCUCGUCAGUUCGUUUGUCAUGUUCAUGACAUUUGACAUUGACAGUCAACAAAUCAUCGAAUGGAAUGUCAACCAAAAAGUGUCAAAAUCUACUUUUUAUUUUGUCAAUUUUAAUUUUAUUUACGAUUUACCUUUUUAAAAUUCUCUAAAACCCCAUAUUUGUCGAUUUGAAUAGUAAAUUUUCCAUAUAUUUAUCAAGUAAAUGUCCAAGACUCGGAUAUAACUCGUGCUUCUAAUGGAACCGCAUCGCCAGCAAUGGAUAGAACGUCUAUGGAUCACUACGAAAAACAGCUGUACUCCGUGUUCAAAACAUUCGACGUAGAUAACGAGGAAGCCCUAGACAAGUCUGCCGUGCUCGAACUGUGUGAUACUUUGCAGUUGGAGGACCGCGGCGCCGCGCUCGCGGACUCGCUGUUCGAGCGGCCACACGAGCGCGUCACCUUCACGCAGUUCCGCAACGGGCUGCUGAGCGUGCUCGGGGGCUCCCCGGCGCCCCCCGCGACCCCCGCCCCCGCCGCGCCCGCCAGCGACGACGACUCGUCCGGCCGCGAGGUGGCGCCCAAGCUGGUGGUCGGCGCCAAGCGCUACGGGCGGCGUUCCCGGCCUCGUCCGCGUCGCCGUCCCCCGCGCCCCCCCGCGCGCCGCCCGCGCCCCGCGUCCCCGCCGCCCGCGCUGCUACCCGCGCGCCGUCUGGCCCCCGCCGCCGCCGCCGCGCUGUGCGCCGACCUGCACAUGGACGGGCUGGACCCCGCGCUCGUGCAGCGCAUCUUCGACGACGCCGGCGCGCCCGACCUCUCCGUCGCGGAGUUCUUCGAGCGGCUCAACUCGGCCCUGAGCGAGACCCUCGCGGCGGGGGACGCGGGGGGUGCGGAGGCCGAGCCGGAGCUCAGCGCCGAGGCCGUGUGCGGCGCCUGGGAGCGCGGGGGCGUGCCCGCGGCGCCCCGCCUGCUGCGCGACCUGGGCUUCACCGCGCCCGCGCUGGCGCCCGCCGAGCUGCAGAGCGCGCUGGACGCGGCGCUGGCGGCCCCCCCGCCCCCCGGCGCCCCCCCCGACCCGCGCGCGCCGCUGCUGCACGCCGCGCUGGCGCUGCAGCGGCUGCGGCUGGCGGCGGCGGAGGCGGCGGGCGAUGCGGCGCGCGCGGAGGCGGGCACGCUGCGCGCGGCGCUGGCGGCGGCGGACCGGCGCGCCGCGUGCCUGGCGCGCGACGUGGACGACGACCACGCGCGCAUCGAGGCGUCGCUGCAGGCGCGCGUGCGGGCGCUGGAGGCGCGGCGCGGGGACGAGGCGCGCGCGCACGAGCAGGCGCUGGCGGCGGAGCGCGCGCGGGGGGACGCGGCGCGGGCCGCCCUGCAGGCGAGCGAGGCGCGCGCGGCGGCGGAGGGCGCGCGGGCGCGGGGGGAGGCGGCCGAGCUGCGCGCGCGCGCGGAGGAGGAGGCGCGGCGCGCGGCGGCGGCGGAGCGGCGGGCGGCGGCGCUGGCGGCGGCGAGGGACGCGCUGGCGGGGGAGCUGCGCGCGCGGGGCGAGGCGCCGCCGCCGCCGCCCGCCGGCCCCGACCCCGCGCUGGCCGCCGCGCUGGACCAGCUGCGGCUCGAGAACAAGCAGCUGCGCGACCGCACGGACGAGCUGGUGGCCGAGCUGGAGGCGGCGGCGCGCGGCGCGGGGGCGGCUGCGGGCGCGGGGGACGCGGGCGGCGCCAGCUGGCGGGAGGAGGUCGGCGCGCCGGAACACUCGCUCGCCUCGCUACUGUCUGCACCGUCAUGCACCGACGAAUGCGACCAGUCGUUCAUGAGCCUGGAUCACAAGGUGUUCGGGCAGCUGGAGUGCGUGCGGCGGCUGCAGCGCGCUUUGGACGGGGCGGGCGCGGCGGCGGCGGCGGCGGGCUGCGACUCCUGCGCCGCUCUACAAGGCAUCAUCGCGACCAUCCAGGAGCGGGUACUGGAGCUCACGGGCGGCCCAGACGCGACCGAAGCCGUGGACGCUGCAGUACAGACUGAAGGGAAUGAUGAAGAGGUGGAGAAGUUGCAGAAGAAGUUGGCCGAAGCUCAACAGAGCCAUGAGGAGGAAAAGCUAAAGCUUUCCAAUUUAGUGAAAGACUUGGAAUCAAGUUUGGACGCAUUGAAGUUGGAAUACGACAAGUGCGAAGAGUACUGGAGCGGCAAGUUGGACGAGGAGCGGGACCUACACGCCGAGGAGCAGCGCGCGAGCGACGAGCGGCUGUCCGACCUCGUGGACAAGAUCUCCGAGUACGAGCAGCAGUUCGCCCCCGCCCCCGCCCCCGCCCCCGGUAGCCCCUCAGGCAGGCUGCCCACCAUCGACGAGAGCUACAGCCUCGAGCUGCAGUUCAACGACCUACAAGACGAAUUCGACAAAUACAAACAAGACACGGAAGAACAAUUGAAGGCGAAAACGGAAGAGAUUGAAAAGCUAAAGGAAAAGAUUAAAAUGUUAGAGGAGCGACCCGUUGUGAACGGAAGUAAUAGACCGAGUCCGAUCGACUACUUGUGGAGUCAGGGCACGAUCCACAGUCCUCAAGGCAGGACGGAGAAGGCAGUGCGGAACUACCAGAACCCAGCGUUCAUGCAGCCGGAGGUGCGGAGCUCGUCGGACAGUGACCGGGAGCGGCCCGGGCUGAGUCCCAUCCGCAGGCCGAUGACCCAGCGGAGUGCCUCAGCUGGGACACUCCGGGACGAGCCACAGGUGUUGCACUGCUCCGAGCUGGAGGGACAACUGAGGCAACAGGCUCAGAUGGUGCAGCGCAACCCGUGCGCGUGCGGGGCUCUGGAGGCGCGCUGCCGGCAGCUGGCGGCCGCGCUGCGCCACCGCCAGCUGUGCCUCGAUGCCGUGCAGCAAGCAGCGCGCACAGAAGGCUGCGCUCUACGGGCCCGCGUGGCGGCGGCGGAGGCGGCGGCGGCGCGGCUGCACGCGCGCCUCGCCAGCGCAGACCUGCUGGUCAAGGAGCUGUACGUCGAGAACUGCCAGCUCAGCCAGCACCAGACCAGGUUGUUGUGACGGGAGGUGUAUGUGUGACGUC